UCAGCCUCAAACAUGGCUUCCAGACUAGAGAUAAACUUUAUCCGGUUAUUGUCUCGCUGUGAAUCUAUAGCGUCUGAGAAACGAGUGGAGACUGAAUGGAGGCUGGACAAGUAUGUUGGUGCCCUGGAAGAGAUGUUGGUGGCUCUAAGGAAAAGCCUAAGCAAACCCACACCAGAAGUCCUGACUGAAUACACGAGAAAAGUUGAUUUUCUGAAGGGACUUCUAGAAGCAGAGAAACUGUCCUCACCAACAGAAAAGGCUUUAGCCAAUCAGUUCCUCGCCCCAGGCCGAACACCCACAAUAGCCAAUGAGAGGAUGCCCGCCACUAAAACUGUCCACAUGCAGACGAAGGCACGAUGUACUGGAGAGAUGAGGGACGAGCUGCUCGGCACGGAGUUGUCAGGCAAAGGCAAAUUGGAAACAGACUUGCGGAACAGAAAAGGUCUACCUCUGGAUGAGCGUCAGUCAGCUACAGAGCUGGACGCCGUCCUGCAGCACCACCACAACCUUCAGGAGAAACUCGCAGAGGACAUGCUCAACCUGGCCCGAAAUCUUAAGAACAACACUCUGGCAGCGCAGAACAUCAUUAAAGAGGACAACCAGACUUUGAGCCAGUCUAUGCGUCAGGCGGAUCUGAACUUUGAGAAGCUGAAGACAGAGUCGGAGCGAUUGGAGCAGCACACCAAGAAAUCUGUUAACUGGCUGCUGUGGCUGAUGCUCAUCCUGGUUUCCUUCACCUUCAUCAGCAUGAUCCUCUUCAUCAGAAUCUUCCCCAGACUCAGAUGAUGAUAAUGCACCAUCCUGAACUCCUGUGUUUACAGAGCAGUAACGACGUAGGCUUCCAUAGAUCUAUACAGCAUGUCUGUACUGUAUACGUGACACAGAUCAGUAGCGGUCAAAACCAAAACAGAUGACAAACUGAAACAUUUGCACUUUUGAAACUGAAAUUCUUCCUGUAAGUGGGCUGGUGAAAGAUGAUGGAGAUGGCAGAAAGCGGUUUGAAGCAUCGGUAUUCCUUUUUUUUUUUUUAAAACAGCACAGACCAGACAUUGAGGUAAAGCGCUAAAACGUCUUGUUGAAAGGCUUUUGGGAGCAUCAUAGUCUUAAUACCCCAUACAGAAGGAACUGAGCCUUAAUAAAUGUAACCCUCAUCAGGUCGGCUGCUAGCCAUCUACUACAUGUAUGCACUUUCUCAUUAAGUAGGGCUAAAGUUAAGAUCAUCUUUGUUCCUCCACCAUGCAUACACCUGAAAGAGUUCGUGAACCGUCCACCAACUACUGUAUAUUGGCUUUGAGAGUCCAAUUUCUUUACCUUUACCUUGAAUUAAUUGAACACCUAGUAAAAUUUGGCUUAAAAUAGCAGUAGGUUUGCUAAAAAAUAUUAUUAUUGUUGCAGAUUAUAAGGCAGACUUAAAGUAUUAGUCAUUUUUCAUCUACUGGUUAUCAUUUAAAGACAGUCAACGAUUCAAAGAUUCAGUGUCAACAGUUCCAGAUCUUUGUGCUGUUACAUCACAAACAUGCCAUCACUCAGUCCUGUUCGUUGUGUGUGAGGUUGUAUGUUUGGGUGGGUUAAUCAUAUAAAUGAUCAUCAGGUAAUGAUAGUUGUAGUGUCAGUUGUGUUGUUCGUGAUGACUGUGGAGGCGGCUGGUGUUGAAGAAGUAAGGUUUUGUUCUCAUUAAUGUCUGUAAGCUUUCAAAUGUCCUUUGAAAGAAAGAACAACUUUCCAGAAAGUAUAAAUGCUAAUCAAACACUAUUCAAUCAUUCCCUUUUAAUUGUUUUUGCAUAAUAAUUGUGAGUGCCGUGUGUGUUGUGGGUGUCCUGUUUGACUGUAAAUCCACCAUAAACAGAAAUGGCAAACUACGCCCUAUCCUUUUGAAAACGCCUGAUGUAGUGACUCCAUGUGGCCACCGCGUGUCACUCGUGGUCUUAAAAUACUGACUGAUGCUAACCUUCAUGACCUGGGUGGCCUGAUCAAGCCAUGAAUCCUAAAUUAAACCCACUACUCAUUUAGAAGUCAUCUGAGGAUUGAAGUAUGGCUAAAUAAAGGCAGUUGGCCACAGAAUUGAGCACGGCCA